AUGGGGACAAUAAAGGCAGCAAUUGGGGAUGCUGUAAUAACUUUCAUGUGGGUGUUCGUGUCUUCCAUGUUCGGUUUGUUUACAAACCUGAUAGUUACUGCUCUUGGUCUUCAAACCCUGGUCUGGGCUCCUGUGGCUAUUAUUACUACUCUUAUAUUCUCCUUUGUUUUCUUGUUUACCUUGCUUGGCGAAGUCUUAGGUGGGGCCAGUUUUAAUCCAACUGGUACCGCUUCUUUCUAUGCUGCUGGGGUUGGUGGAGAUAGUCUCUUCUCCAUGGCCCUCAGAUUCCCUGCUCAGGCAGCAGGGGCUGUGGGAGGUGCAUUGGCUGUCACGGAGGUGAUGCCAGCGCAGUUUAAGCACAUGCUUGGAGGCCCUACUUUGCAGGUGGACUUGCAAACUGGAGGCCUUGCUGAGGGGGUUUUGACCUUUUUAAUGACUUUUGCGGUUCUUGUAAUUAUCCUUAAGGGCCCUCGUAGCGCACUUGUGCAGACAUGGUUGCUUGCCAUUGCCACUGUAACAUUGGUCACUGCAGGUUCUACUUACACCGGCCCUUCCAUGAAUCCUGCCAAUGUAACUACGGCAAUUAGGUGGAAACAGGGGAGAGCUGAAGCUCGCCAUGUGGGGAGGGGUGUGAAGUACUGA